UUCAAGGCGGAGGAGGAGGAGGAGGAGGAGGAGGAGGAGGAGGAGGAGGAGGAAGAGGAGGAGGAGGAGGACCAGCGGUUAAAUUUCCUCCUCAUGUACCUGUUUCCUCCUGGAUAG